AACUUGGAGCACUGCAAGCUCCCUUCUCAGUGUUGAGCGCGCGUGAACUGCAGCCGUGGUCGCCCCGUACCUGAUCCAAUUUUCUUCUCGCCAGCACCUGUCAGUCUUCUCGGCUUAUGAUCUUGACCAAUUACGAAUUUUAAGUCUCGGAGCUGCGGUGGAUAGGCCAAUGCCACCGAACUUUUGGCUACGAGAACACAAAUUCUCGAGCAAAGGGGCCUUGAUGCUUCCCCGCCAGCUCUUCGGAUUAUACCAACUUUGUCUUCUCUUAUGUACCAUGUUUUUAUCAUCAUGCGACCUGACAUGGAAUACCCUUUUUUUCCUUUGCCCGUCUGUCUUUUAUCUUUUCUUUCCUCUCUCUUCUGGACAGACUUCUGAAGAGGAGGCAAAUCCAUCUAUCAAAUUCCGGCGAUCCCCUCGCCACGGCAUGUUCUUUUCUAUCUGGUUAGUGGAUGGAGCGGGGUGGCACUGGUGGAAGUUCAAAGGAGCGAAGCAAAAGGCGAGGCUCACAGCACAGAUUAACGUCUACAUAGCUGAGCUAUUGGUUGGUUUCUUAGACAACUUGUUGGUUCGUCUGAGUAUUGCUGGAUCAAAAACCACUUUCUUUUCUGAGCUGUGGUUUCCUUUGCAGACUUGUGACCGACGAUAACGAGUGAGGAGACUGUAGUGGUUGGAGCCAGUUGAUGAGAUUGACAGCCAUAGCUUCUAUCCUGACGGACGUUUAUGAUAUAGCCUGUGGUGUCCGCAAGUUCCUCUUCCCAUGCUUGACUGCCUGCCUGGCUACAGUGGCAGAGCUACCGAGAUUGUGAUCGCACACUGACUCAGCGCGUCAAC